UGGGUCCUAGGAAAUUUUGGAUUCCAAGUUAGUUUUGGAGCACAAAAAAAAAAUUCAACAAAGAACGUGGCUUACGAUUUCUACCACCUUAUUUGUUAUUUCCAUUUGCAGUUAGUUUCUUUCUUCUCCACUCUCUCUUUCUCUCUCCUCUUUUCUAUCAAGUUGAACAGUUUAUCUCUCUGAAGCAUUUUCCAAAAGUAGGUGUUGGGCAACUGUGUAGUUACUUUUUUAAGGUUUCUGGUUUAUGGGGAUGUGAAAGUUUGUCAAUUUUUGAGGAAUUCAUUAGUUUUGCUAAUCUGGGUUUGUGAUUUUCGGAUCUUACACUCAGAUUCUGUUGAAAGACGAGGCCUAGAAAGACACAAGCCUUGAAUUUUGUUUGUCAUUGUAAAGUGGUGCGUUUGGAAACGCAAGGAGACAUCCUUGUCAUUGGCGAAUGAUCUCGAAUAGUUGCAGAUGAGCAUGGAGCGAACUUGUGCUAACAGACACAAAGAUGAUCAAACUGAAGGAGAUGUAUUCCACAGCUAUACCAAGAUCCAUGGAUCAGCUGAACAAAGUGCUUUGUACAUAUCAGAUUCUAGAGCACAGACCUUGGUCAAAGGUGGGAAACCAGGAAAGACACUGAUUUUAAAGUUGAUACAGUCAGAGACUUGUGAAAACUGGUUUCAAGAGCUUUUCCAUAAAAGAUUUCGUGGCUUAGGGGUCAAAAUCCCAAAACAAAUAGUAAGUUUAGAUGAGAAGUAUAUGAAGCGGUGCUUGGAACUCAUGCAUAUGAAUGCAUCGAAAGGAGCUCCAUGUGCUCUAUCUGUGAACUUGGGUUCCUUGGAUAAUGCAACAAUUGGAGGAAGAAAUUCUUUUGACGGGACAACUUAUGCAAUUGGCUAUCCAAUGGCUGUUGGGAUUGGAGAUUUAGUUCUGAAUCCAGGAGAAGAAGAAAUUAUUGGAUCUAUUAUGGGAAGCAAUAGUAUGAUGAGGAUAUUGAGAAGCCCUUUGUUUCAAAGACUUGGGAACACAGAUCAUAAUUCAAAGGUUGGAGGGACUAACUUAUUUAGAAACAAAAAAUGCAUUCCUUCAGAUUACCAAGGCUCUCCUAGUAGGUUAACUGAUAGUCUCUCCCAUAGGCCUGGAAAGGAGUCCUCCACUUAUAGAUCAAAUCAGAAGUACAGAUCAGAUUCCGUACAAAGAAGCUCUCUUUCCUUAUCAAGUGGAGUAUCUGUACGCCCUGACCAGUCUUCUGCAUCUUCUCCUUCUCCAUCUGAUUCUCAAGGAAUGCUUCAUUUUACUUGGGAUAAUGGGAUUCCGCAUUUCACUUUCACUUUGGAUGACCAGAAAGAUGUUUAUGUGGCAAAUGCAUGGAAAGUUGAGGAAACCAAUCAGAAGGCACCGAACUAUGUCUACUCUUUUCAUCUGAAAGGAGCUGACUUGAAGUUGUUUGAUUUUUCUGAAAAUGAGCCUGAUUUAAUAGGCAAGAUGAAGGUCUCAACAUCCUUUUCUAUCUACUCAAGUAAAUCUAGAAUUAUGGAGACCGAGUUCAUUCUGGUUGGUGCGAAUGAAAAUCAGACGAGAGAGGUGCACACUUUCUCCCGAAACAGUAGGAGAAGUAGGAAAUUGUCAAAGGUCAUGGAUGUGUUUAAGGCUGGUCACUCAUUUAAGCAGAGAACCCCCUCUUUGUUUGGUGGUUCAAGUGCUAUUCCUGAAGAUUUUUCUCCGGAGAAGGGGUUAGAAGCAUGCAGUAGUUCUAAACCUGAGUUUUCAGAAAAUGAUUUUCUACCAAAUCUUGAAAUGGCAGCGAUUGUUGUGAAAGACCAUCUACAAGACGAGGAUGAUCAGAAGGAAAAAGUGGGAGGCUGGGGCCUGAACUUUCUUAAGAAAGCUGGGAUCAAGCAAAAUGUUGCUUAUGCUGAAUGUUGUCUAAGGAAUGUUGGGGACUGUUCUACUAGCAUGGAUAUUAUUGUGCCUGCAGGUCUUCAUGGUGGGCCAAGAACAAGGGAUGGAGGGCCAGGGAGUCUCAUAGAGAGAUGGAGAUCAGGUGGGACCUGUGAUUGUGGUGGCUGGGAUAUGGGUUGCCCUCUGAAAAUUUUAAAAGCCAAGCAAAGAGAAGAAGAAAGUUGGUCGUCUGCUGAGGCACAGGGGGACUGCAAGUCAUUUGAUUUGUUCGCAGAGGGCUCGGCUGAUGGAACACCCCCUGUAAAAAUGGUGAACAUACGAGAUGGCUUGUAUUUCAUUAGUUUCCAGCCUUCUUCUCUAUCAGCAUUGCAAUGUUUUUCUAUUGCGGUGGCAAUUAUUCAUUCUCAGAGCUCAAGUUUGCGUCCGAAGCAUGUACAGGAUUGAUGUCAUGAGAGGAUCUGACAUUUUUUUGAGAUCUACCUUAGAUUAGCUUUGUAUGUGUGUUUAUAGCUGCAGCAAAGGCAGAAUUAGGUUAAUUAUACAUGAUUUUUUAUUGUUUAUUGUACUUAAAUAUAUAUAGGGGUGAUUUAGAUUUAGCAAUGUUGUUUGUGUUUAGCAAUGUUGAUUGAUGUGGGUUCUUAAACAACAAAAGUAGUGUAUUCUGGCCUCUUUGAUUUGUGGCUUUUGCCAAUUGUACUAAACAUUGUUUGUGUUUGUCGACCCUCGAUAACCAGAAAGAAGACUUCUUGUA